UGACACCACUGUGCGUCGGUGUUGAAUCAUACGAAGGCUCCUUGGAUGCAGCAUGUUCAACUCACCUCACUUAAUCUACUGUAACUGCGCCUCUUUACCAGUGCUUCAUAGCCCCAAUGUGUAUUCCGUGUGGAACUGUCCCAUCCAAACGCCGUCCUCAGUUUACGGAACGUCAUUAGACAGAACGGCCACACACGGCGGAUCAAGCGAACAAACUGAAAACAGCGAAACGAACUCGUCGUCGAGUAGAAACCUCAAGUUUGGGAUUGAGAAUAUUCUCUACGGAAAGUUGCAGUCAGACCCUCAUGUCGUUCACAGACCAUUCCUAAGCAACCAUGAGCUCACCUACAUUCACCAUCAACCCUUCACUUCACCCAUGCGCACUUCCAGCCGGCCUUGGUGUCGCCCAGUCUUCACGCAGCUCCAACGAAGAGGCCUAGAGAAGCGUUUCCAGGUGACCAAGUACGUAACAAAAAGGGAGCGGUUACAGAUCGGCGCCAUGUUGGGUUUGUCUGAGACGCAGGUAAAGGUAUGGUUCCAGAACAGGAGAACGAAAUGGAGACACGAAGCUGCGAGAAAAGAAGAAAAACUGAAAGAAAGAGCGUUGAAAAAGGUGGAAGACAGCAACCAAGAGGAAGAAACGACGACUGAAAGCGACGAGACAGAGAAGACCGCCGAAGAAUGUUCGUGUGAGGUCGGCGUCACAGAGUAAUGAUAACGCUGAUGACGAAAAAUUACUUCAUGAGAAAAGUAAUUGUGAUUCUAAGCGAUGACCGAACGCAGUUUUUGAAAUUAGAAGGAUUAAAAUAGCUUAAUUGCGAUUCAACAGCAACGAGUUGUCAGUAAUGUGGAUAACUCAAGUUGGACAAAGUCUAAAACUUUGUCUAGACAUUUGAUAGGAAAUCCUGGCGUAAAUGGCAUUGAAUAAAGAAAAAAAUCUUCAAGGACACUGACAUUUGUAAAAUUAGAAACUAAACUGAGAAGAAAGGAGUCAAUAUCAUGUCAUUACGUCAGAGUAUCGUGUAAAACACAGUAUCAUGAUUCAGUUCUUCAUUGUUCUCUCAUUUAUUUCAUGUAAGUAUAAUGUCUAUUAAAACAGUAACACCCGAUU